AUGCGGGUCAUACAUUGUGUCCUCCUCGCGUUGACAUUACCUCACAAUUGUCAGCUCUGGACCGCCCUGCAAAUCGACAACGAAACCAACAGCCUGAAGGUCAGCGGCCAGAAACUUCCUAUGAAGGUCGAGGAAAGCACUGCUUCUUCACCUUCUUCAUCCACAUCCGCUCUUCCCCAAACCGCUGAGUUGAUCAUCUACUGCUUAGUGGUGAUCGGCAUUAUGACCCUCGGAUUUCUGGGCUAUUGCGCUCUAAAAUUGCAUCGUAACGCCAAGGCCGAACCUUUACGCGAGAAUCCAGAUGCCGCUCCGUUAACCGAUUUCCUGGCUCCAAGGGACGCAGUUCCGAACCAUCUACAAACCACGGGUGAUACU